GGAACCGCUUGACGGAGAUGUGGUAUGGCAUCCCUUGCUGACCGCAAAGCCCUGGACGACUCUGCGGUCGAUGCUUCAGGCCACGGGUUUGUGCAGAUGACAGCGAGCUCGCAACCGUUUUGAGGUUACCGCCACGACUGUCGACGAUGAAAGUUAUAAAAGGAGGACGGAAGGGGCACCUCCGUGUUUCUGUACAGUCAACCAUAUCAAAGGCAAACUUGCAAAGUAACAAUCCUUGUGAGGCAGCCUCGAUCGAUCCCUGUACACAUUCACGUAGUCACACCGAUAAUGUCCCUUGAACAAGACUUUGUCUGGCCCUGCACAGACGACAUAUCUACGUUGGAAAAAUACCCCUUUGGAAUCUCCGCAGAGCACGCAGUUUCCACCAAUAUACCCACUCUCAUCGCUUCUGAUUCCAGUAACGUUCAGACCAUUGACAGCUUUUAUACCGCCGUCGGGGAAAGUCUAUCUGCUACAUCCGAAAUUAUGUGGGAUACCCCGGACCUGUUACAUACCAAGAGCGGAAGUACUGAUGUCGAUACCGCCCUCGAAGCCCAGGUGAUGGCGCUGUUGUGGGGGGAACAAGAUAUCGUUCAGCAAUCGCCACAUGGCGUCUUCGCUCCCUCUGCUGAAUCUAUCAUGGAGCCUUUCGAUGUCCUUGCGGCAUAUCCAGUUGGCGAUGAUGCGUUUCUAGCGGCAUUGGGCAAUGCGGAAGCGCCAACUCCAGACGAAGUCCGAAUGCCGGCCGUGGGUGACGAGUAUUUCGGUGGUGAAUGGGCAGAGGAUGAUAAUGGCUUGAAAGCCUUGUUGACGUUCGAUGAAGGAGUAGCUGGCCAGCCUCUAUCGAGUGCCCUUCCAGCUGAUUUUAACACGUCCACAUUUGAUGGGCAGUCGUGUACUAGCUUGUCGGAUAUUGGCACGCCCUGUCUAGAGUUAACACCCUGUACUAGCUUGUCGGAUAUUGGCACGCCCUCUUUAGAGUUAACACCCUCUAUGACGUGGUCGAACUUUGGACAAGACGUGCUCUCCGUACCGAUGCUCAGCCCUCAAACUCGACGCGGCAGCGAUGCAUCCACAUACUCUUACGAUUCCGAUAUCUCUUCCACGUCCAUUUCAUCGCUUGACUCGUUUUUCGAAAACGAGUCACUCAAUACAUUUGUCGUCAACGAUUCAAAACCUACGCCCCAUCGCGCCGCAAAACGUUCACAAAAACCCACCAAGGCAAAGAAAAUUCACACAUGCCCUCUCCCCAAUUGCAACCGAACAUUUACACGUAAAUUCAACCUGACGUCACACAUUCAAGCAGCCCAUUCUGGUCUUCGACCGUUUGUUUGCCCACAUUGCAAGACGACGUUUGCUCGCAAGCACGAUUUGAGGAGACACAUCGCGUCGUUGCAUACGGCAGGCCCGCAUCCGUUUCGGUGUCCUGGAGCUGGAUGCACCAUGACAUUUGCAAGGUCCGAUGCAUUGAAAAGACAUUUGUUUGUCGAGGCGAAAAGAUGGAGAGAAGGUGCUUCUGAGACAGAGGGUCAUUGGGAAUUGUUUGCAGAUGAUACCAUAGCUUGUAAUGGCUUGUAAAAUAAACGACAAUACGGAUUAGUGUAACUGGAUCAUGCCCGGGAAAAGCACGCAAUACUUGCUAACCUCAAUGACAUCACAUCUCCUUGUGGUAACAUCGAUACAACAAUACAUCACAUACACAAAAUCUCAAUAAUAUAUUUUCAAAUAAAAAAGC